UGGGGAGUCGGGAGUCGCGGGAGGACGAGCAUCGGAGGCGAAGCGGGGAGAUGUCCACCCUGGGCUGGUGGCGCCGCCGGGCGCCCGGCGCCGUGUGGGUGCACUAGACGGCUGGCCCCAGCCGGGGUGUGUGCGUGGAGUGCGGUGCUCCCGGGAGCUUGACCUUCUUGAUCUAUCUGUUUUGGAGACAACUGACCAGGGAAGACUGACCAGGUCCUCCAACUGCUAGGUGGUGGUACAGACGACACCGGCAGCGACAUGACCAGUGACGACGACAUGAGCCGAAGUGGGAGAGAAACUCCACCACCUCGAUCCGUCCAUUCUUUCAGCAGUGACCGGGAUCGGGAGCGAGAGCGGGAAUGGGACCACAGGGGCAGAAGCCGAGAUGUGGAGCCUCGAGACCGCUGGUCAUCCUACACCAGGAAUCCUAGAAGCAGAAUGCCUCAGCGGGAUCUUUCCCUCCCCGUGAUGUCCAGACCACGUUUUGGAAUGGAGAGAGAUGAUGAAAGACGCUCGAUGGAUUAUGAGUCCCACUCACAGGAUGCUGAAUCCUACCAGAACGUCGUGGGCCUCAAAGAGGACAAGAAACCUCAGAAUCCAAUUCAGGACAACCUGGAGAACUACAGGAAGCUGCUCUCCCUGGGUGUGCAGCUUGCUGAAGAUGACCGCCACUCCCAUAUGACCCAAGGCCACUCAUCGAGGUCCAAGAGAAGUGCCUACCCAAGCACCAGUCGAGGUCUGAAGCCUACACCUGAAGCCAAAAAGUCAACCCACCGCCGUGGAAUCUGUGAAGAUGAAUCUUCUCACGGAGUGAUCAUGGAAAAAUUCAUCAAGGAUGUGUCCCGUAGCUCCAAAUCCGGAAGAGCACGGGAAGGGAAUGAUCGGCCUCCAAGGUUCCCCAGAGUGCCAAAUGAUAACUGGAAGGACACUUCGUCAAACAAGAGGGAGUCAGUAGUCCAGGAGAGGGCUUCUGAGGGGAGUACCCCCAGGGGAACCUUCCGGUUCAACCCAGAAUUGAUGUCCAGAAACAGAGGUCUAGACAGGAAGCGGCGCUAUCAUUUCGACAGUGAUGACAAGGGAUCGGGGCAGGAUCACAAGAACUGUGUGAGGAAGAAGCCCUUUGAAUGUGGUAGUGAGAUGAGGCAGGCCAUGAGCAUGGGCAACCUGACCUGCCCACCUGUUGCUGAUCCGCAGACCAUUGAGUUUCCGGCCGAUCCGUAUGUGUGUGAUGAAUGUGGCAGAACCUUCAGUGUCAUCUCGGAGUUUGUAGAGCACCAGAUCAUGCACACUAGGGAGAACCUCUAUGAGUACGGCGAGUCCUUUAUUCACAGUGUGGCUGUCAAUGAGGGCCAGAAAGGUCAGGGUGGGGGGAAACGCUUUGAGUGUAAGGAGUGUGGGGAAACCUUCAAUAAGAGUGCUGCCCUAGCUGAGCACCGCAGAAUUCAUGCUAGAGAGCAUUUGGCAGAAUGUAAAGAUCCGGAGGAAGAGGACGCAGUCAUGCCUAGUCCCACCUUCAGUGAGCUUCAGAAGAUGUAUGGCAAAGACAAAUUCUAUGAGUGUAAGGUGUGCAAGGAGACCUUUCUCUAUAGCUCUGCCCUGAUUGAGCACCAGAAAAUCCACCGCAGAGAAGAGAGAGAAGAGAGGGAGCGGGAGCGCGCCCGUGCACGAGCACAGCGCGAACGUGAGCGUGAACGUGAGCGUGAGCUUGGGGAACCUUUCAUGACCUGUUCAAGCUUUAGUGAGUUUCGGAAAAUGUAUGGUAAAGACAAAAUCUACGAGUGCAAGGUGUGUGGGGAGAGCUUCCUUCAUCUCUCAUCCCUGAGGGAACAUCAGAAAAUUCACACUAGGGGAAACCCAUUUGAAAAUAAGAGGAUGUGUGAGGAGACCUUUAUUCCCAGUCAGUCCCUCAAAAGGCGUCAGAAAUCUUACAAGGAGAAGCCCUUUGAAUUUAACAAUGGCAGGGAUGGUUUAAUGGAAAGCUCAGACCUCAGUGAGCACCAGAAAAUCCGCUCUCGAAAGAAUUUCUUUGAAGGCAGGAGAUACGAGAAACCAUUUCCUGAAUCUCAGAAGAGUCACACUAUAACCAGACCACCCGGAAACACAGAGGAUGAGAAGGCAUUCACCAUCAGCAGUAACCCUAACGACAAGCAGAAGUUUCCAACCAUGGAAAAUGCCUACGAGAGGCCUGCCAUUUGCAGCUUAAGACCCGUAGAACCUCCGAAAAGUCAGGGUGCAGUGGGGUUCAGUAAACCAAAAGUAAAGGCAGAGUCUAGCACUCAGAGCUCAAGUGGCAUUAGCCAUCCUCCAGAAGUCCACUCUGGAGGGAAUAGUAAUGAAGGAAAGGAAUACAAAGGGUCCAUUAUCCACAGUCCAGCCACCCCUAGACCUCUGAAACGUCACAGAGGAAAUGACCAGAUUGAAUGUGGUGAUGAGGGAGAAUCCUCUGUUUAUAUCUCAGACCUUAACAAACGAAGGAAGAUUCCUACCAGAGAGAGUGCUCACGAAGAAAGCAAGAACAACUACAAGGAUUCCACUACACCAAGUGCGUCCCAUGCUGAGCCUCAGAGUCUUCCCGUAGAGGCAUCUGGUAAAUCUAAGGAGGAUGUCAAAUUUUCUGUCCCCAGCUCAAGUGUCCGUGAACACCAGAAGGCUCGAGCCAAAAAGAAAUACAUUGAACCCAACGAGACCAAGAGCAACGAGACCUCUGUAAUUCAAUCCCUGUUUUUUAGAGAGCUGUAUGCAAUUCGCCAGAGAGCUAAAUUAUUUGAAUGUCAGGAGUGUGGGGAGACCUUUGUCCACAGAUCUGACCUCAUUGAGCACCAGAAGAUUCAUGAUAGAGAAAGGCCUUCUGGAAGCAGACAUUAUGAACGAUCUGUCAUCUGCAGCCUGGCCCCUACCGACCCCCAGACAAGUUAUGCCCAGGAACGUUAUGCUGAAGAACAAGCACGCAAAUUCCAGGAGUUUGGACAGCAUUCUACCAGCAAUAGCCCCAGUGUACAGAAAAUCUAUGUCCAAGAGAAGGUUCAUUCGGAGGAGUUCCAUGCUAUGGAAACCAGUGUUCAAGGGAGUCUCGGCCAGGAGUCCCAUGCUAUGGAAACCAGUGUUCAAGAGAGUCACACCGAGGAGUCCCAUGCUAUGGAAACCAGUGUUCAAGAGAGUCACACCGAGGAGUCCCAUGCUAUGGAAAUCAGUGUUCAAGAGAGUCACACCGAGGAGUCCCAUGCUAUGGAAACCAAUGUUCAAGAGAGUCACACCGAGGAGUUCCAUGCUAUGGAAACCAAUGAUCAGGAAACCAAUAGCCAGGAAACCAAUGGGCAGGAGAUUCAUGGUGAGGAACCACAUGGUGAUGGGCCCCAUGGUGAGGAGCCUCAUGGUGAAGGGCUCCAUGGUCAGGAGAAACCUGAAGAUGCUACCCCUCAGGCCUCAGGCUCUAAUGAACACCAGAAAGAUGACACCAUCUAUGAAUGCCAGGAGUGUGGGUUGGGCUUUGCAGAUCUCACCGACCUCACAAGCCACCAGAAUGUCCACAGCAGAAAGUCUCUGGUGGACAGUCGGGAAUACGAGCGUUCUGAAGAUCACGUCCAUUCUGUGAGUGAAUUUGAGAAGAAGUACUCUGGAGAGAAGCUGUACGAGUGUUCGAAAUGCGGAGAGUCUUUCAUCCACAGCUCCUUCCUGUUUGAGCACCAGAGGGUCCAUGAAGAGGAGCAGCUGUACUCCGUGAAGGGAUGCGAUGACGGUUUCAUUGUCCUCUUGCCGGUGAGGCCAAGCAGGAAUCAUGCCCAGGACACGGAUCCCGCUGUUGCUGGCUCAGCCAUCCGCUGCCGUCAGUGCGGACAAGGCUUCAUCCACAGCUCUGCCCUGAACGAGCACAUGCGACACCACCGGGAUGACGAGCUGCUGGAGCAGAGCGAGCUGGCUGAGGAGAUCUUCAUUCACAGUCUGGCCCUCACCGAGUACCAGGGGAGCGAGGCGGAGACAGAGGAGAAGCUGUUCGAGUGCACCAUCUGCGGGGAGUGCUUCUUCACCGCCAAGCAGCUGGGCGACCACCACAGCAGGGUGCACAAGGACGAGCCCUAUGAGUACGGGCCGGCCUACACGCACGCCUCCUUCCUCACUGAGCCGCUCCGGAAGCACAUCCCGCUGUACGAGUGCAAGGACUGCGGGCAGCCCUUCGUGGACGACACGGUCAUCACGGAGCACGUGGUGUUCCACACGGACGACGGCGAGGAGGAGAUCGUGACCGCCACCGCCCAGGAGGUCGAGGCCAACGUCCUCAUCCCGCAGGAGGUCCUGCGGGUCCAGGGCUCCAACGCUGAGGCUGCCGAGCCCGAGGUGGAGGCCGCGGAGCCGGAAGUGGAGGCCGCGGAGCCGGAAGUGGAGGCUGCGGAGCCCAACGGAGAGGCGGAAGGGGCGGAGGGGGAAGCUGCCGAGCCUGAUGGCGAGGCCGAGCAGCCCAACGGGGAGGCCGAACAGCCGAACGGUGACGCCGACGAACCAGAUGGUGCCGGGUUCGAAGACCCAGAAGAAAGAGCCGAAGAGCCGGAGGAUGAUGUGGAGGAGCCUGAGGGGGAUGCUGACGAGCCCGACGGGGCAGGCAUAGAUGACCCAGAGGAGGAAGGUGAGGACCAGGAGAUCGAGGUGGAGGAGCCGUACUACAACUGCCACGAGUGCACGGGGACCUUCGCCUCCAGCGCAGCCUUCGGGGAGCACCUGAAAACCCACGCCAGCGUGAUCAUCUUCGAGCCUGCAAAUGCCCUCGGGGAGUGCUCAGGCUACAUCGAGAGGGCCAGCACCAGUGCUGGCGGAGCGGACCAGGCCGACGACAAGUACUUCAAAUGUGAUGUCUGCGGGCAGCUCUUCAACGACCGCCUGUCCCUUGCCAGACACCAGAACAGCCACACUGGCUGAGCAGCUUGAGAAACAAAACAAAGCGAAACAGCGGCAACAACAAAACCCUCCUCCGAGAGCUGGACCUUUGCCAAAUAACAAAGAAUUUAAACCAACUUACAAUGUCAGUAAAAAACUUGAUCUUUGUGUACACACACCGGACUUACCAUGAAACAAACUCAGACUAAAACAGAGAUUGAUGCAGAGACUCCUUCAGUCUUUAGCAAUUCUCUGUUGAACAUCGGGGUAUACCUGGGAAAGCUUUAUCUGAGGAACUAGAUUGAAGGAAAGCCCUAUGAAUAUUCACGACAACAGAGGUUGCCCCAAUCAACUGUAAAUGACACCCAUGUGACCUCUACAUAACAAUUCCUGCCAUGUAUAUAAACAAGCAAAUCACUGAUCAUGUGUAUCUGGAUUUAAUGUGAUAAAACAGUUUACUCCGCAGAGGGACCUACGUGGUACUCUGAUUUUUUUUGAGGAGGAAGAGAGCAACAAAUUAGCAUAUAUUUGUAAGUGUUUUAGAUCCCCAGAAAGCUUUAUUGUGCAUUGUUUGAACCCCCAUUAGUGUCCUUCCCAGUAAGUGACUGUUUUGUUCUUACCUUUUAGUCUUGUGAAGGUGUGGGCAUGAAAGAUCACAUGUCUUUUAAUCUUGGCUGUUUGAAAACAGAAGACAUUUUAACUUCUACAGCCAUUUGAUGUGCACCUAUCCCCCCCUUUGAAACUUAAUGUAUAAGACUUUACAAUAUGUGAAUUGGUCUCUGUGACCUAAAUCAACCCGUUUGCGUCAUAAUAUGUCCCCUGCUACAAUUUUCAUGCAAAAAUGUUGCAUUUUAGGUCCCCUCCCCCUUUUUUACAACAAAUUCAUCAUGUGUUCAGUAGUGAAUUCAUAAAACCUAGAGCUUUUCCCUGUGAAUUUUAAUGUCUUUGCCUUUAAAGAGUGGGUGACAACCAUCACUAGAUCACAGUCGUGCCUAAUGAAGGUUGGGAACCAUAGGAGAGGCUCUUACGCUGUAAAUAAGGAAGCAGGCUGACAACCUUUCAUUAACUCUGCUGUGCGCUUCCUGCCUUAAGUGACAAGUGGCAACAUUGCUUGAGUCACCUGUGUGGUGUCCCUAUGUGCUGCCACAAGUCCGUGUGCUGCCUGGGUGCCCAGGAGCUUGUAUCCUUAGAUCUUUGUAUCUCUAAACUCAAUUUUCCUGUUCUUUGCCUAUCCGUCUGUCUAACCCCAAGUCUAACUUGCAUUUAAAUAAAACAAAAACAUACAAAAAAAGCUUUCUUUAUAGUUAAUCCUAGCUUAACAUGGACUCAGGUUCCCCAGCAGCCUUAAUUUGUUUUGUCAUGAUCCGUUCUUUCUCCUUGAACCCUCUUGAGUAUUUCUGAACUAUCUAUUGAGUGUCCUGUCCGUCUUAACGUCCUCAGUUUUCCUUAAUCACAAAUUGACCUCCCAGCUUGAAGUCCUCCCUGUGUCCUGUACUGUGGACCACCUGUGCCCCUUUGCUUUCCCUCCCCCUCGUAUAAUGGAUAUAUACAGAAAAUUUUGGGCCUUCAGUUGGCUGGGAAAAAAAAUUUAAAAAUUUAAAAAAUUAAAAAAAAAGGAUGAGUAGAUGAAGAAAGCAAACGAUAACUCGCAGAACAUUCGCGAAAGUGAAGUGAAAACACCUGCUGGGGAAACAAGUCUGACUCUUCUAGAUCUGUAGGUCUGGAGCUUGUGGGGGAGUAUGCCGAAGCUUCAGGGAAUGUCAACACCUUGAGAGGUUGGAGAGAGAAGAGCAAGAAGCCGAAAGGCACGAGCCAGAGAGGCAAGUUCUUUAUAACAGCAGACCUAGCGGGGAAAAGAGACAGGCAGAAGAAAACACCAACAGCAGGGUUUUUGACGGCUAGGAUGGCGAGGUGAAGUGAAUGAGGUGUCCUGGACAGUUGGAAGAAGGGCCUUUUGAUGGCAAGGUGUAGCGAAAGCCAGCUGCUUAGAGAGACUCAAAGUUGGAAAUGACAUCCAGGGAAAUAAAGGGGCAAUGUUACCCCACAUCGGAGAAGCACCCUUGAAACAGAAAUCAGUGUGGAUGUCAUCAGGGUAAAUUUGUGGAUUUGUUAUCAUUGGCAGUGUUCUCCAAUUGACCCUUUUCGGAAAGCAGCUUGUCAAGAGUGUCCACUCCAACCUUAACUGAGUGGAAGAUUAGGAACAACUGAAAUGCCAGACAGUAAAAGAAUAAUUAAGUCAGUGUACCCCUGGAUUCUUACGCAGCUGUUUAAAAAAGAUAAUCGUGAAGAGGUUGUGUAACAGAUAUUUACAGAAUAUUAAGUGAAGAAAGCAGGACACAAAAUUAUAUUUAUACUACAAUUAUAACUGUUUUAAAAAUGUACGCUUAUAGUCAAAGCUAUUGUGUUGUUGUAGGCUUAUAGUCAAGCAUUAUUUUCUUAAAUUUCGUGAAUGUUCUUUAUGGUAGUGUUACUCAGAAGUUAAUGAUCACAUUUCCAUCAUGAACAUAAUUGGAACUCGUUAUCAAACAGUUGGAAAAUACAGAAAAGUGGAGGAAAGAUAAACCAUGUCCCCACCAUCCAAAGAUAGAUAUACUCUUUGAUAUCUUGUUUAUUCUUGUUACUGUGCACAGGUUUAUAUUGUAACUGUGUCAAAAUGUGUAUUCAAGAUAGCUGUUUAGGUUACUCGUGUAAUUAUGGUUAAAUGGUUUCAUCGGAAGUUUUUCAAAUUCUCCUUGUAAUAGUGUCCUGAUAAUGAAGUUUAUUAUGCAAUGUCAUCAUUAUAAGCAUAAUAUUUACCCAGAAAUUGGAAAAUUGGAAAAUUCAGUAAAUUUAGAAAAGGAAAAAAAUGAUUCACCUGUGUUCCCCACACCCAAUAACUGUGAAGAUCUUAAUUUCCUCUGUCUUGUUUCGUGCACAAACUUGCGAUUUCAACAGUGUUAAAUAGAUUUGUGUGAAGUCUAAAAUGAAAAGAAAUGUGGGAAACAAAGAAAGUGCUGUGGGAUUGUGGUUAAAUAUUUUGUUCCAAAUUGCUUGAAUAAUCUUUGGUGUUUGGGUAACAAACUUUAUGUAUGUACUUGUCAUCAUAAAUUUAAGACCUACUCAAAGAAAACUGGGACUCUUAAUAAAGUAGAGAAAGAAGAUUUCAAAUUUCCAACAAUGACUGGCAACACCUGGAUGUGUACAGCACUUGAGUCUGUGGUUAUUAUGGCGUUCAAGAUUAGGAUGCGGAAGUUUCCAAGAUGGGAAGAAACCUGGGAAGCAGUUGGGAAAUAGCUGUGGGUUUUCAGUAGUAUUACAGCCAGGUGUGUUUUCUCAGUUUCUUUGAGUGGUCUUUAUCAUAGUGUUUUAGUAGUCCACCCUUACUCCCCGUAUCUCCAUCAUAUGCGCAGUACCUUUUCAUUCUAGUAGCCUUGAAGACACGGAGAUGUAGAAGAGAAGCACCCAUAUUUUCAUCACCCAAAGACUGUGUCAGCAUCUCCAUCUAAUUUCUUUGUAUUGUUUCUGUGCACAGACUUUUGGUUUGUUAAUAUGGUUGUUGUCGUUCUACCUUGUAAUAGUGUCAACAAUAAAAAUAAAGUUAAAAAUAA